UCCUCAGCGCCCCGCCACCCCAGCCGCGAUGGCCCCGCUGCUCCUGCUGCUGCUCCUGCUGCUGUUGCCGCCCCAGGGCCCCGGCGAGGCGCAGGCGUCCCCGCUGGACGAGUCCCCCGAGGGCGCGGGCGCAUGCAAGCAGGUCCAAGGCCUGUGCCUGAAGGCGCCCUUCCACACCUUGGCCACCGACGCGCCGCCCGUCAACGUGAGCCUGUACUACGAGGCGCUGUGCCCCGGCUGCCGCGGGUUCCUGGUGCGCGAGCUCUUCCCGACGUGGCUCAUGGUGUUGGAGAUCAUGAACGUGACCUUGGUGCCCUACGGAAACGCACAGGAGCAAAACGUUAAUGGCUCCUGGGAAUUCACCUGCCAGCACGGGGAGCAGGAAUGCAGGCUCAACAAGAUUGAGGCCUGCCUGUUGAACGUGCUGUCACCCAACGCGGCCCUCCUCACCAUCGUCUGCAUGGAGGAGCUGGACGACAUGGAGAAGAACCUGAGGCCGUGCCUGGAGAUCUACGCCCCCAAGGUGACCCCCGAGAGCAUUUUGGCCUGCGCCACGGGAGCGCAGGGCACCGAGCUGAUGCACCACAAUGCGCAGCUCACCGACGCACUGCAGCCACCGCAUGAGUAUGUGCCCUGGGUCGUCGUCAAUGGGAAACCUAUGGAUGACCUCACCCAGUUGCUCAGCCUCGUGUGCCAACUGUACCAGGGCGAGAUGCCGGACGCCUGUCCAUUCCUGAAACACCGCAGCAGGGAUGUGUGCCCCAAGUGAUGGGCAGGAGUGCCUGGCAGAGGAGCCCGCGCUGCUGCCCCCAUUACACCGUACCCGAACCCCCCACAUCUAGACCCACCCAAUCCAAAUGGUGCUCAAUCAGAAAGCAUUCAAUAAACUCGCAUGUUGUGAUUCGA